AUGCCUGAUUCGGGCGAGGUGAAGAAGCCACCUACGCCUGCUUUGAACGAACGCGGUCUUUUCGAGCCUUUCGAGAAGGAUGGCAAGCGUAUCACUGAAAUUCUGAGGUUCAAUUCGAUUGAAGUGUUCUGUGCCGGAUUCAUUCCACCAUUAGUGGGCUCAGUAUCGGCCAUCUUUAUCGCAUUGAUAUUCCACAACGACGCUAUCAGUAACUACAACUGGCAAUGUGGGCGAGCCCGUCUUCCAUCUCUCUCACGAAUCAUUAAUCUGUCGGUGGAACGGACGUUUUGGCAGCUAUUUUUGCUUUUUCACGUGCCAAUCAGGGUAAUCGAGCUGAUCACUGGAUUUUCACGAUAUAAACGCCUGAUGAAUGUCCACUACACUCAUAAAUGGUUGUACGAGUUGUCGCGAUAUACAUACUUCUACAUCGGUCUUGGAGAACUCAUGUUUCUUUCGGCAUUGUCGAUUGUUGGAGAACGAGAAAAUAUCCAGUUGCACGUGAUAUUUUUCUACAUAUUCGGAGUCUGUGGAGUCGGACAUAUGGUGGCGAACAUUUUCUGUCAUGCUCACUCGCUAUACUAUCUCAAUCCAUAUGGCCGAAUAUCGUAUUAUUUAAAGAUCACCUUCAGCGGAUUAUAUAUUUUCUCUGCACCAAUUCUGGUAGGAUCCUUCAUCCUCUACUGGAAACAGUGCAUUACAUGGGCUUAUGACGUCUUCGCUAUAUGUGAGUACUGCGGGGUGUUUUUGAACAUAUGCUUCCAUGGUUGUGCAUUUUUCGACAUCCGCUAUAAGGUCUGCUUCAGUGUUCGUCACGUGGAACCGAUUCGGGAAGCGAUAGGUGAUGAGCCGUUGAAGAAGAACAAGAUUAGUCCAGAAAUCGAACUGAAACAUCGAUCACAUGGCUAG